AUGUCCACUCAACCACACCCCAUGACGUACUCGGCCGAAACCUUCACCGCAGGCCUCCACGACACAAAACCCUCGAUAACCUUUGAUCCCCUCGAAUGGGAAUCCCUCGCGAAGCAGCGCCUCUCAGCCAACAGCUUCGGCUACGUCUGGGGCUCCGCCGGAACCCGACAGACAGACGACAACAACCGCGCCGCGUUCAAGAAAUGGGGAAUCAUACCCUCACGGCUGGUCAAGGCUGACUUUCCAAGCCUCAAGACGACUUUGUUUGGCGACCAGUACGACUAUCCUAUUGCACUUGCACCGGUCGGCGUACAGACUAUCUUCCAUCCCGAGGGGGAGAAGGCGGCUUCAAAGGUUGCCGGGGAGCAAGGCGUUACAUAUAUCCUGAGCACAGCGACCUCAACAAGCAUUGAGAAUGUUGCCAAGGCAAACGGGAAUGGACCAAGGUGGUACCAGCUCUACUGGCCCAGCAACGAGCACAACGACAUCACGGCGAGUCUGUUAAAGAGAGCCAAGGAGAACGGGUACAAAGUGCUCGUCGUCACGCUAGAUACAUACAUGCUCGGCUGGCGACCCAGCGAUCUCAACAAUGGCUACAACCCGUUCCUGCGAAACGACAAUAUCGGCGUGGAGAUGGGCUUUUCGGACCCCGUCUUCCGGAAACAUUUCAAGGCCAAGCAUGGGGCUGAGAUCGAGGAUGAUGUCGAGAAAGCCGCGCAGGAGUGGGCACAUACGAUCUUCCCUGGAACAAGCCACGGAUGGGAGGAUGUUGCCUUCCUAAAGGAACACUGGGAUGGGCCGAUCGUGCUGAAGGGAAUCCAGACGGUGGCUGACGCGAAGAGAGCCGUUGAAGCCGGUGUGCAUGGGAUCGUGGUAUCGAACCACGGCGGGAGACAGCAAGACGGCGGGAUCGGGUCACUCGAUGUGCUGCCUGAGAUCGUGGAUGCCGUCGGCGAGGAGCUCGAGGUUCUGUUUGACUCUGGCGUACGAUGCGGUGCUGAUAUCGUCAAGGCGCUUGCACUGGGAGCGAAGAUGGUGCUUGUGGGGAGGCCGUAUGUGUACGGGCUGGCGAUUGGGGGGCAGGAGGGGGUGAGACAUGUGCUUCGCAGUCUGUUGGGAGAUCUGCAGUUGACGCUGCAUCUGUCUGGCAUUCCGGAUGUGUCGAGGGAGAAGCUGAAUCGGGAUGUCUUGAGACGCAUUUCAUGA